ACCCGGUAACGGCGGGACGGCACCCGCACCGAGCGGGGACAGCUGCCAUGGACGACAUCUUCACACAGUGCCGGGAGGGCAACGCGGUGGCCGUGCGGCUGUGGCUGGACAACACCGAGAACGACCUCAACCAGGGGGACGACCAUGGGUUCAGCCCCCUGCACUGGGCCUGCCGCGAGGGCCGCUCCAAUGUGGUGGAUAUGCUCAUCAUGCGCGGGGCCCGCAUCAACGUCAUGAACCGCGGUGAUGACACCCCGCUGCACCUGGCCGCCAGCCACGGCCACCGCGACAUCGUGCAGAAGCUGAUGCAGUUCAAAGCAGACAUCAAUGCAGUGAAUGAGCACGGGAACACACCGCUGCACUAUGCCUGCUUCUGGGGACACGAGCAGGUGGCUGAGGACCUGGUAGGCAGCGGGGCCCUGGUCAGCAUUGCUAACAAAUAUGGUGAGACCCCCACAGACAAGGCCAAGACACCACUGCGAGAGAUCCUGAAAGAGCGUGCUGAGAAGCUGGGCCAGAGCCUCACCAAGAUCCCCUACAAGGACACGUUCUGGAAGGGCACAACCCGCACCCGGCCCAGGAACGGGACCCUGAACAAACUCGCCGGGAUUGACUUCAAACAGCUGAGCCUGAGCCACAAACUGAACGAGAACCAGUCGGGAGAGCUGUGGAAGGGGCGCUGGCAGGGCAAUGACAUCGUAAUCAAAAUGCUGAGGAUCCGGGACUGGACGACGCGAAAGAGCCGGGACUUCAACGAGGAGUACCCAAAACUGCGGAUCUUUUCCCACCCCAAUGUGCUGCCGGUGCUGGGUGCCUGCCAGGCCCCUCCAGCUCCCCACCCCAUUGUCAUCAGCCACUGGAUGCCCUACGGCUCCCUGUACAACGUCCUGCAUGAGGGAACCAAUUUUGUGGUGGACCAGAUGCAGGCGGUGAAGUUUGCCUUCGAUAUCGCGCGGGGCAUGGCCUUCCUGCACACGCUGGAGCCCCUCAUCCCACGGCACCACCUCAACAGCCGCAGCGUCAUGAUCGAUGAGGACAUGACAGCACGGAUCAGCAUGGCUGACGUCAAGUUCUCCUUCCAGUGCCCGGGGCGGAUGUACGCCCCGGCCUGGGUGGCUCCCGAAGCCCUGCAGAAGAAACCAGAGGAGAUCAACCGGCGCUCAGCUGACAUGUGGAGCUUUGCGGUGCUGCUGUGGGAGCUGGUGACACGUGAGGUGCCCUUCGCUGACCUGUCCAACAUGGAGAUCGGUAUGAAGGUAGCACUGGAGGGGCUGCGUCCCACCAUCCCCCCUGGCAUCUCCCCCCACAUCUGCAAACUGAUGAAGAUCUGCAUGAACGAGGACCCGGCCAAGCGCCCCAAGUUCGACAUGAUCGUGCCCAUCCUGGAGAAGAUGCAGGAGAAGUAGAGAGGAGGCGCCUGCCCCCUCCAGUGCUGCCUUGCGCCCCCCGCCACCCCCAAGUGCCUUUAGCCCUAGAGCCAGGGGGAGCAGAGGACACCCCUCACCCUGAGCCAGCCACGGACACACGGUACAGAUGGCACUGCCUGCGCCGGAGCUCUGCAGGCUCCGGCCCCCCGCCCAGGGCAGCCCCUCAGCAGGGCAGCCUUACCCAGCCUCUGGGCAGCCCCCAGUCCAGUGCAGCCCCCCUACCCCAGGGCACAGCCUGUGGCCUGGCCCUGCUUCUGGGGGAUGGGGCUGUGGGGCCCCCUUUCCCCCCUUGCUGGGCAAAGCCCAACCCAGGACUCAGCCCCCGAAGGCUGGGGGGGAAGGGGCAGGCCAGGAGAGGCCACCUGUGGUGCCCAGCACUGCCCCCGCUUCGCGCUUCACUGGCCACUUCCCUCUGGCCCCAGAAUGGCCACUGGCAACCAAAUAAACCUUUGGUAUGGAA